AUGGCCGCAUGUGUACUCCACAAUUUGUGUCUAUUACAUGAUGAUUUUGAUAAUAACUAUUUCCUACCAGAUGAUGAGGAUGCCAAUCAGCAAGAUGAUGAUGAGAACAACAACCAUGAGUUAAAUGAUGGUGCAGCAGUCCACAAAAGACAGCACCUAAUGAACAUUGUUGUCCCAUGA